AUGGGAGAGGGAGGUGGCGGUCGUCGCCACCAUAUGACUCUCGAGUCUGGAGAGCAAUUACUCCAUUUAUAUGCAUACAAGUCAUGUUCGCUUAGAACGGGUUUGAUGUACAUUCUUUCAAUUGCAACAUUAGGACUAUUUCGUUUAAUUCUUCACUGGAAACAAAAAUGGCACAUUCAAUUUCGUGCUACACGUUCAACUUUCGCAUUUGCUGAUUUCGUAUACAUUAUAGAUGACCAUGAUGUGGAAGAGUUUCAUCCUAUUAAUACUACCAGGAGAAGUUCUAGAGCGUCUCCUCUGGUAGUGCCUCGUGAAGACGGGUCUAUGAGGGAGGUCGAUGAGAUCAGAUGGUUUGUAUAUCGUAAACUGAAUUACAUUUGGAUAGAAAAGGAAUACAAGCUUCUUGACAAUGAUGAUGAGAGAGACGGUCAAUGGGUUGCACCUGGUGACAUUUUGAGUCAGUCACCUCCUCAUGUCUUCCAUGAUGCCAUUUCAAAGGGAACCGGUUUUAAUCAGCAUCAGGUUUCGCAACGCCUCGCUACAUACGGGUUGAAUUCCAUUGAAAUAAAUCUUAGACCUCUUCCCGUACUGCUGUUCAUGGAGGCUAUCUCACCGUUUUAUAUCUUUCAAAUUUUCAGUGUUACCGUUUGGUAUAAUGAUGAAUAUUGCUAUUAUGCAUCUGUUAUUGUUAUCAUGUCUGUUUGUUCUAUUAUUAUGGACGUACUGCAAACUAGAGGACAGGAGAAAAGGCUUCGAGCGAUGGUGCACUCGAGCAAUGAAGUGGAAGUGAUUAGGAAUGGUGGAUCGGUAGUGCGCGUGAGCAGCGAGCAGCUUGUUCCUGGUGAUAUACUUCUGAUUCCACCCCAUGGCUGUGUUCUUCACUGUGAUGCCGUACUUAUGAACGGAACUGUUAUUGUAAACGAAAGUAUGUUGACGGGGGAGUCGGUCCCUGUUACUAAGGUUGCACUUGUGGAAGACGCACAUGAAACCCACUUUUCCAUCGAGAAACAUUCGAAACAUGUGUUGUUUUGUGGAACACAAGUGCUUCAAACUAGGUACUAUCGAGGCCAAAAAGUGAAGGCAGUAGUGCUUAGAACGGGAUUUUCCACAAUGAAGGGACAGCUAGUGAGGUCAAUAAUGUAUCCUAAACCUGUCGACUUUCGUUUCACUAAAGAUCUCUUUAAGUUCGUUGGAUUCCUUGGUUGUAUUUCUGGAUGUGGAUUUGUCUACACGAUUAUUAUCAUGGUUCUACGAGGAAAUAGUCUGCGACGUGUGAUUGUUCGAGCGCUCGACAUUAUCACUAUUACUGUACCUCCUGCACUCCCUGCUGCUAUGUCGGUAGGAAUUAUCAACGCGCAACUGAGGCUGAAGAAAAAGGAAAUCUACUGUAUUUCUCCAUCCACAAUCAAUACCUGUGGGGCCAUCAACGUCGUUUGCUUCGACAAAACCGGCACUCUAACUGAAGACGGGUUGGAUUUCCAUGUUCUCAGAGGAAUCAUAGAACCAAGUAUUUCUGGCCAAGCCACCUUCACCACAGAAUGCACUCGUAUGGUCCGUGAUGAACUACCUCAAAAAGGAGAGCUCGUCACUGCCAUUGCAACAUGCCACUCACUCACAAGAAUCAACGGAGUAUUACAUGGAGACCCACUGGAUCUUAUACUUUUUCAACAGACCGGUUGGAUCAUUGAGGAAGCUGGUGCAGGCGAGUCCGAUCACGACGAGACGGAAAUGUUUGAUAUGAUUCAGCCAACCAUCAUCAAACCACCACAUACUGGUGGCAGAGCAACAGAUGAGGAGUACUCUAUCAUUCGGCAGUUUACGUUUAGUUCUUCACUGCAACGGAUGUCAGUGAUUGUGUUCAACCCAUCCAAAGAUAAUCACACCAUGAGUCUUUACUGUAAGGGAUCUCCCGAAAUAGUGCAUUCACUCUGUGAUCCCAGCAGUGUUCCAAAAAACUACUUUCCUGUUGUCAACGAAUACGCACAGCACGGAUUUCGACUCAUAGCAGUUGCUCGUCGUACUCUUAACCUCAAUUUCAACAAGGCUGCUAAGGUGCCGAGAGCUGCGGUUGAAUGCGAUCUGGAGCUGCUUGGCUUGGUAGCAAUGGAGAAUCGCAUCAAACCUGUAACGCUUGGAGUUAUCAAUCAGCUAAACAAGGCCCAUAUUAGAACCGUUAUGGUGACUGGCGAUAACCUGUUAACAGCUAUGAGUGUUGCUCGAGAAUGUGGAAUCAUACGACCCAAUAAACGAGCUUUCAUUGUGGAACACUGCCCAGGAGAAGUCGAUUCGCGCGGAAGAACCAAGAUUAUCGUCAAACAGUCAGUUUCUUCGUCGGACGACAUUCUCGACAACGAUCCAGUUCUUCAAAAGUUAGAUGUGAAUGCGGAAUUAGGAGAACUUAUUCAAAGUAGCUAUCAUCUUGCUAUAUCAGGUUCUACAUUUGCAAUUAUUUCUCAUGAAUACCCUGAAGUGUUGGAUUCAUUAGUGUGUGUAUGUGAUGUUUUCGCUCGUAUGGCUCCUGAUCAAAAACGGUUACUUGUUAAUUCACUUCAAGAAGUAGGCUACACAGUUGCAAUGUGUGGAGAUGGAGCAAAUGACUGUGCAGCUUUAAAGGCGGCCCAUGCUGGUAUUUCGCUCUCCGAUGCUGAGGCUUCGAUUGCAGCACCGUUCACAUCGAAAGUGGCGGAUAUUCGUUGUGUGCCUACGAUCAUCAGCGAAGGAAGAGCAGCUUUAGUAACCUCUUUCGGAAUUUUCAAGUACAUGGCUGGUUAUUCGCUGACACAGUUCGUCACCGUCAUGCUCCUGUAUUACAUUUCUAACAUACUGACGGAUGGUCAGUUCAUGUACAUUGAUAUGUUCCUGAUAACUCUUCUGGCUGUUCUUUUCGGUAACACGUCGGCAUAUGAAAAACUUUGUUCACAUCCCCCACCUACACGACUGCUCUCCGUUGCCAACAUUUGUAGCGUGAUUGGACAACUUGCUAUUAUGGGAGGCACUCAGCUCCUUGUUUUUCUGAUGACCACUUCUCAACCAUGGUUUGUCCCUUACAAUGCUCCUAGAGGAUCCGAUACUGAGGACAAAAGGAGUAUGCAAGGAACGGCUGUCUUCUACGUUUCUAUAUUCCAGUACAUUACCCUGGUUGUCGUCUAUUCGAAAGGGCCACCGUAUCGUAAUACGCUUUACAGCAAUAGGCCGUUCUGUGCCUCGAUUGCUUUCGUAACUUUGAUGUCGCUCUUCAUUCUCAUGUGGGCACCACCAUGGUUGCGUGAUUUCAUGGGUAACAUGGACCUUCCAUCGGUUGAAUAUCGAAGUCUACUAGUGCUUAUCGCAUGCAUCAACGCAAUUGUCUCGUUUUUAUAUGAGAAAAUUUUCAUCGAACAUUUCCUUCUAGGCUAUAUGGAAAGACAGACAAAGAGGCGUCGAGUCAAGGCGGAGUAUUCAGACGAGCUGUACGCGAAAAACGGCGGUGCGCUGUAUGAGCGCAUAUUAUCGCGAAUUGGCGGUACUCAAGAUAUGAAGUUACUACUUCUUCUACUGUUUUCUGCCCUAUUACAUUACCAUUUCGCAACUAUUGUCCCAUACAAUUGGCUAUCACUAGCUCUACUCAGUUCGACUGAAUACAAUCCACGUCCUUUAAGUCACGGGGAUCGUGCUCAUUAUGAAGUUCUAUGCAGUAGACUUCUUGGGCUGAAUCCGGUCCAGAAAGCUGUUUGUAUACAGAAUCCGUUCUCCAUACCAUUUGUUGCGCGUGGUAUUCGUGAGGCGAUCUACGAAUGUCAAACGCAAUUCAAAUUUGAGAGGUGGAACUGUUCCGAUCGUCAUGAAAUUACUCCUACACCGCACGGGAAAUUUCAGGAUAUUUUUGGUAAAACGUUACGAUCAACAACAAAGGAAACAGCGUUCUUGGUGGCGAUUGCUAGUGCGGGGAUCGUUCACGCCAUAACUAAAGGCUGCAACACAGGAAAUCUCACCGAUUGUGGUUGUGACAGUAAGCCGGCACUGCAGAAAUACGUAGAAGGGGAUCAGCCGAGCGCGUUGGGACGGCACGAGCAAUUUUCCUGGGGAGGUUGUUCGGAUAACGUUCCGUACGGGCAAAAAUAUGCAAGACAAUUCUUAGACGAGUAUGAAAAACAGCAAUUCGAGAAAGAUCGUAACGUAAGCCAUCUGGCGAUAUCUCAGAAUGUUCGAAGGCAAUGCCGAUGUCAUGGUGUGUCCGGAUCGUGUGAGUUCAAAACGUGUUGGCUGCAGAUGCCAAAAUUCAGUGAAGUAGCGGAGAUGCUCAAGAAAAGAUACGAUCACUUCGCCGUUCAGGUUGAAAUGGAUGUGACGAAACGAGCUAGAAAGAGGCUACGAAGAAAGGAAAGAAGCGAACGUCAAAAUCCGAUCAGAGGAAACGAAAUGGUUUACGUGAUGCGAUCGCCGAGUUAUUGCGAACGAAAUGAUUCAGCAGGGAUUUUGGGAACAAGCGGACGGGAAUGCAAGCACUCAUCCUACAAUUCAGAUAGCUGUGAUUUGUUGUGUUGUGGUCGAGGAUAUAACACAAGGCUGGAGCGUAGAAUGACACAAUGUCAUUGCAAAUUCGUAUGGUGCUGUCAAGUGAAUUGCAAAGAAUGUAUAGAAGAUGUACAAGUGCACACGUGCAAAUAA